CUUCCGGCGGGACGCGGGGCCCUUUCCGGCGGCGUGUGGCGGCGGGCGGCGGGGCCGCUCCUGGGGCCGGGCCGGGACAGGAGCAGGCAGCGGCGGGGCCGCCCCUGCCGGCCGCUCGGGACCGGGCCCCUAGGCCUCCCGGGCGCGGUGCUGCGGCCAUGCUGCGGGGGGACGAGUUCCUGAGCUCGCCGCCCAGGAAGGCGGUGCGCUUCGGGGGCACCCUGCCCGACAUCCUGCUCAAGUACGGCCAGGGUGACACCACCGAUUAUGAGUUGUUAAAGCACCAGCUGUCAGACCCAGACAUAAAGGAUGCCCAGAUCAUUAAUUGGCUGCAUGAAUUUCGAGCUUCUGUCACAUACUUGACCAAGGACUUUGAGCAACUGGUCAGCCUUUUGCUGAAGCUGCCAUGGUUGAGAAGAAGCCGAGAGGUAGUGGAAGAGUAUCUGGGUUUUCUUGGCAAUCUGGUGUCAGCACAAACUGUCCAUCUCAGGCCAUGCCUCCGCAUGAUUGUAUCCCAAUUUGUUCCCCCUCGAAUAACCAUCAGAGAAGAUGACGUGGAUAUUUCAGAUUCUGAUGAUGAUGAUGAAAACAUUUCUGAAAACUUUAAUACAUGCCAUAGAGCACUGCAAACUGUUGUAAGAUAUGUUCCUUCAACACUGCAAUUUCUUAUGCCGAUACUUGUAGAAAGCUUUCCUUUCAUUAAUAAAUCGGAAAGAACUCUGGAAUGUUACGUACAUAACCUGCUACGAGUUACAGUGUACCUUCCAACACUGAGGCUUCAGAUUCUGGAGCUUAUUGUUGAAAAACUGCUAAAGUUGGAUGUUAGUACUCCACAGCAAGAUAUCGAGGAUGCUGAAGAAGCUGCUAAUAACUCUGACUGUGGGGAAAAAUCUGCAGAGGAGGGACUUUUUGACAUGGAGGAAGAUGAAGAAAGAAAAGGAAACAAAGCUGUCUCUUCCAGUAGUGAGAGAAUGGCCCAUCCACUUGCGGAGCGGCUUGAUAUUUUGAUGACCAUCCUGUUUUCGUAUAUUAAAGAUGUUUGCCAUGUGGAUGGCAAGCUUGAUAUCAACAAGACAAAGGAUUUGUAUCGGGACCUGGUUUCUAUUUUUGACAAGCUCAUUUUACCAACUCAUGCUUCAUGUCAUGUGCAGUAUUUCAUGUUUUACAUCUGUAGCUUUAAAUUGGGUUUGGCUGAGGCAUUUUUAGACCAUCUUUGGAAAAAACUGCAUGAUCCAAACAAUCCUUCAGUGAUCAGGCAAACUGCUGGCAGCUAUAUUGGCAGCUUUUUGGCAAGAGCUAAAUUUAUUCCAGUUGUUACAGUAAAAGCAUGCCUGGAUCUGCUGGUUAAUUGGAUGCAUAAAUACAUUGAUAAUCAGGAUACAGGGGCUAAUGCUUACUGUGAUGUAGCUCUCCAUGGGCCAUUUUAUUCUACAUGUCAGGCAGCAUUCUAUACGCUUAUUUUCCGUCACAAGCAGCUUUUGGAUGGAAAUUUAAGGAAAGGUCUGUCAUAUCUGCAGAGUUUAAAUUUUGAGCGCAUUGUCAUGUGUCAACUAAACCCUCUGAAGAUAUGUAUACCUUCUGUUGUGAACUUAUUUGCUGCUAUUACAAGGAAAUACCAGUUGGUGUUCUGCUACACAAUAAUUGAGAGGAACAACAGGCAGUUCAUACCAGUUGUUCGGAGUGGGACUGGGGGUGACCUUGUGCAGACAUGCACUAACCCACUUGACAGUUUCUUCCCCUUUGAUCCCUACGUGCUCAAAAGAUCAAAGAAGACUAUUGAUCCUUUAUAUCAGUUCUGGGAAGAAAUGAGUGCUGAAGAUCUUGAGAAUCUGAAGAAACCCAUUAAAAGGGGUACUUCUGAAGAUGAAGAUGAUGACUUUUUGAAAGGAGAAACUCCUCAAAAUGAUGGUGUGGUUGAAAUUGUUCCAAAUUCUUAUGAGUCAAAUACCCGGAGCCCAGUGAGCAGCAUUGGCUCUCCUCCAGACUGUCAUGUGCAAUACCCACACUGACCUGGAUAACCAACCAGAAAUGAAAAGGUUGAAAAUUGUGUGCAAUUUUUUUGCUUGUAAAGAGACUUGAACUCAACUUUCCAAACUGGCAAAUGUUUAAGUAACUACAUUUAAGAAAAAUUGUUAUUUCUUCAUCAUGAAAUUUCUACAGAUGUGUUAUGGUAAAUUCAUAUAUUGUUAGAAAAGACUAGAGAAUAAAUAGGGUGAUAUUUUACAAAUUUCACAUUGAAAUGUUUUUUAUGACUUACCGAGGGUUUUUUAUAGGUUUUCUUGACUUUUUAAAAACUUUCGUUUACUAAUGUUUCUCUAUGAGGUUUUAUAUAUCGGGGGUGAAAUUCUGGUCUUUAUUCCUAUUGAUUUCUGUGGGACCAGAAGUACACUGUCAGUAUUUAAACUGUUCUCUGAUGACGUUUUUUAGUUGGUUUUAAUUAAUGGUAUGGUCCUGUGAUAGGGAAGCCAUGAACUGACUCUUAACAGUGAUUCUUUUGCACACAUCUCUAAGCUUUUCCUAUCUGUAGAGCAGUAUUUUGUACAGCCCCUUGAUAGUGGUACAUGUAUUCAGAUGGUAAGCAUUAUUGCUGCUUAAAAACGUAGCUGACACACAUUUUUUUCAGCUGGUCAGGCAUGUAGAAUGGUCAGGCAUGUAGAGUGGUGAUUAUUGGAAGUGUUGAAAAUGAGAGUAGCUGAAUGUAUGAUUUGUAGAUAGUUUUCUUUGAGGUGCUUGAGAAG